GGUAUCCCCGUAGAAAUAAACUCACGCACAGAUCACACAUUUCAACCAUCGUACGCUUGCGUUUCGUAUUACUUCGAACGUUUUGAGACACGUUUUAUUCGACGCGCCAGAAAAUGAGAGAAAUUGUGCAUCUUCAGGCUGGUCAGUGUGGAAACCAGAUUGGUGCUAAGUUUUGGGAGGUCAUCAGUGACGAGCAUGGCAUUGACCCGACUGGGACAUACCAUGGUGACAGUGACCUGCAGUUGGACAGGAUCAACGUCUACUACAAUGAAGCUUCAGGUGGUAAAUAUGUUCCCCGUGCUGUAUUGGUGGAUCUGGAGCCAGGCACAAUGGACUCUGUGCGGUCUGGACCUUUUGGUCAGAUCUUUCGACCAGACAACUUUGUCUUUGGCCAGAGUGGCGCUGGUAACAACUGGGCUAAGGGUCAUUACACAGAAGGUGCGGAGCUGGUGGACUCUGUCUUAGAUGUGGUGAGGAAGGAGGCAGAGAGCUGUGACUGCCUCCAGGGUUUCCAGCUCACACACUCUCUGGGUGGCGGUACUGGCUCCGGAAUGGGCACUCUGCUCAUCAGCAAAAUCCGUGAAGAAUACCCAGACCGCAUCAUGAACACCUUCAGCGUGGUGCCCUCUCCAAAAGUAUCCGACACAGUUGUUGAGCCCUACAACGCAACACUGUCGGUCCACCAGCUGGUAGAGAACACAGACGAGACCUAUUGCAUUGACAACGAGGCGUUGUACGAUAUCUGCUUCCGCACCCUUAAGCUCACCACUCCCUCCUAUGGUGACCUCAACCACCUGGUCUCGGCCACUAUGAGCGGUGUCACCACUUGCCUCAGGUUCCCCGGACAGCUCAACGCUGACCUGCGGAAACUGGCCGUCAACAUGGUGCCCUUCCCCCGUCUGCACUUCUUCAUGCCAGGCUUCGCUCCCCUCACAAGCAGAGGCAGCCAGCAGUACAGGUCCCUUACGGUACCCGAGCUCACUCAGCAGAUGUUUGAUGCCAAAAACAUGAUGGCUGCCUGUGACCCACGCCAAGGGCGCUACCUGACCGUGGCCGCCAUCUUCCGUGGCCGCAUGUCCAUGAAGGAGGUGGAUGAGCAGAUGCUCAACGUGCAGAAUAAGAACAGCAGCUACUUUGUGGAAUGGAUCCCCAACAACGUCAAGACUGCAGUGUGUGACAUUGCUCCUCGGGGACUCAAGAUGGCUGCCACCUUCAUUGGCAACAGCACAGCCAUCCAAGAGCUAUUCAAGCGCAUCUCAGAGCAGUUUACAGCCAUGUUCAGGCGCAAAGCUUUCCUCCACUGGUACACUGGCGAGGGCAUGGAUGAGAUGGAGUUCACUGAGGCAGAGAGCAACAUGAAUGACCUGGUGUCAGAGUACCAGCAGUACCAGGAUGCCACAGCUGAGGAUGAUGGAGAAUUUGGUGAAGAUGAUGAGGAAGAUAUGGCUUAACCUUUUUUCUUUCCCCCCCCAGCCGUUCGUUAUUCAACGUGAAAUACGUUCCAAUCCUUCCAGGUUUCAGUGUUCACAAGUGUCAGUUCACGAAGUUUAGUUCAUAGUGAAAGUUGAUUUGAGUGUUUAUUUUUGAAACAAAAAUUGACUGUAUAUGGCGUACCUUCAGAGAUGGUCAGCUUUUCCAUAAAAUGAACAUUUUGUAUAUUUGGAAUGGGUUUGUAACUGCGACCAAUGUUUUUCAAUUAAAACAAAUGAGUAAAAUAUGGAGUUUAAAGCCA